GAGAUGGCCAAUGUUACAUCAGUCACAGAGUUCAUUCUUCUGGGAUUUCCUGAACUUCAUGAAAGGAAGACAGCAUUUUUCACCAUAUUUCUGUUGAUGUAUCUAUUAUCCCUGACAGGACAUAGCAUGAUCAUCAUAGUUGUCCUCAAAGAACCCAUGCUCCAUACGCCAAUGUACUUCUUCCUCGUUAAUUUCUCCAUGGCUGAGAUCUGUUCCACAACAGCUGAGGUUCCCAAGAUGUUGGACAAUGUACUGUCUGGAAAAAAGACCAUCUGCUUUGCCUGUUGCAUGACACAAGGUUUCAUUGUCUUCUCAAUGGGGGCUGUUGAAUUCAUCACCCUUACGGUCAUGUCUUUUGACCGCUAUGUGGCCAUUUGCAAACCUUUGUUUUAUAAUACCAUAAUGACCAAUGAACUAUGCCUCCGCCUGGCCUUCCUGGCUUGGGUUGGAGGGUUUGUGAUCAUCAUUUCACAAUCAGCAGUGGUAUGGAGCUAUCCGUACUGUGGGCAGAAUGUAAUCGACCACUUCUUCUGUGAUGUUGGACCUGUCUUGAGAUUGGCUUGUGCUGACACAGCUUUGAUGGAGUUGAUCGGUCUCUUAUAUGGUGCUACCAUAAUGUGGGGUUCAUUUGGCUUUUCGCUGAUUUCUUAUGCAUGCAUUAUAGCCACAAUCAUGGGGAUCCCCUCUGCUGAUGGCCGAUCCAAAGCCUUUUUAACGUGCGCCUCCCAUCUUACAGUUGUUAUCAUCUUUUAUCUAGCAGAUAUGUUUAUGUACUUGAGGCCUUCAACCCAAGGAGAUACACGAGUCAACAAAGUGGUGUCUCUUGUGCGCACAAGUUUCAUACCCAUGUUAAACCCUUUCAUCUACACCAUCCGCAACAAAGACUUCAAAGCAGCUGUGCGGAAAAUAUUGAGAAGGAAGUUUCUCAAUAUUUGA